GUCUAUAAAUAAGGUGCUCGAAUCCCCAUCUCGGUACCAACCAAUCAGCAGAACCAAAAACCACUGAGCACCUAGAGAGCCAUGUUAACUAUGGAUCCUAGUCGUAGGCCCCCUUCCCAAUACAAAUCCCUCCCUCCGUAUCUUCUUCUGUCCACUGCCCUCUUCCUGCUAUCCUUCUUCCUAAUUCUUCACUACUCAUCAGCAAUGGUAGUUGCUUCUUCAACCGUUGAAUCCCAAGCGAGAGUUCUGCUCCACUGGAAAUCCACCCUUCAAAAUCCACACACCCAACAACUCAGUUCUUGGUCUCUCUCCAACCAUACUUGCAUGUGGUAUGGUAUCACCUGCACGGAGAUUAAUGGAGGCCCACCUGUGAUCACUGGCAUCAGCCUACCUCGUGCGGGCUUGGUAGGUAAGCUCGAUAGCCUCAACUUCUCCGCCCUUCCAUCUCUCACUCGCCUCCACCUCCGACGCAACUACUUCUUUGCAACAAUCCCGCCCAGCAUCAGCACGCUUUCCGCUCUCACCUCCCUCGAUCUCUCCCAUAAUCACCUUUCCGGCAAUCUGUCCAUCGCUUUUGCCCGCCUCUCCAACCUGACUGAGAUCGAUCUCUCCUCGAACCAAUUCGCAAACGCACUGCCUCCAGACAUUGGUCAGCUCAAGAGUCUACGUGCACUUCGUUUGUCCCAAAACAAUCUCACUGGACCCAUCCCUCCGACCCUCGGUAACCUGACCAACCUAAGGUUGCUUUACCUUUAUAGAAACCAAUUCUCUGGUUAUAUUCCUCGUGAACUAGGCAAUCUAGUUAACCUCUUGGAUCUAAAUAUCUCGUAUAAUAAUUUAAUAGGUCCCAUCCCUUUCAAUUUAGGCAAUCUCAUCAA